UCCUCUGUCAAUCACUCUCGCUAGCUUGACUCCGCGCUUUUCACUGAGGUAGUCGUUCCACAAGCGGCUCGUGAAGCAGGAUUCCAGACAGAAUUAUCAACAGCAGACACCGCCGAGCGAUAUUUCUGCCUUCAAUUUGCCUCGCGCACUGGACCGCAUCGACCUCUCCUUUCAACCGACGGACCUUUACAUGGCAGCCGGCUGUAGCAUCCGUCAUCUCAGCCUCCAAUAUAACGGGAUGACGGAGGGAAUCGAGCCUCCUCACGUCGGUGAGGCGACGUUCAUGGGCUGCAGGAAUUCCUAGAUCCGCUGUGGCAGCGACUUGGUGAUGUAAAAGGACUUUUUCAAUCUUUCCUGGUACGUCAAAGGGUAGGGUGAGCCACAAAGAAGCUCUGGAGCUGUUGGAACUUAAAGUCUUGCUUGGGGGUACUUUGGCAGAGUGGAUGGGAGGAACGCUAGACUCUAUCCUUUACCUCAAAUGAGUUGAAAGAAAAGAUGCUGAACUAAUUAGAAAGAUGGCUCACUAAAGUAGAAAUAUAGAUUUUUUUAUAUUUAUGUAUUAAUACUGCAGCCUUCAUCUGGGUGGAACCUGGAAAGAGUUGCAGUAUUGUGUAAAACAGAUAUAUUAUCAAGUCAUUAGGUUAUCCAUAUAACCCAGAAGAGACCCUUUGGUCAUUCUGCCAUCGUGAUGGUGGGAGCAACCAUUACCUGGUAUCUCAGGACUACUGCGGUCUAACAGAAGUUUUGGUUUCCCUGUGGGAAAUAACUGGAACGUUGUGGUUUGCCAGAACCAUGGACUACCACGCUGAGUGCUUGUUCUGUGAUCUGGAAGAGGGUCACAACGGCUCGGAUGAGCCGCCGCUCCACAGUAUCCACGCGCCAAACCGGAUCCGCCCGUCCUCGUACCGAGCCCUGAGGAGCGCUGUGUCCAGUCUGGCCCGCAUCGACGACUUUUUCUGUGAGAAGAUAGGUUCAGGCUUCUUCUCUGAAGUCUUCAAGGUGCAGCAUCGGAUCACAGGGCAGGUGAUGGCCCUGAAAAUGAACACGCUAGCUAGCAACAAAGCUAACAUGCUACGAGAAGUGCAGCUCAUGAACAGGCUUUGCCAUCCAAACAUACUCAAGUUUCUUGGGGUUUGUGUGCAUGAAGGUCAACUCCACGCUCUGACUGAGUAUAUAAACGGAGGCAACCUGGAGCAGCUGUUGGACAGCGAUCUGUACCUGUCGUGGUGCGUCAGGAUUGAUCUGUCUCUGGAAAUCGCCCGAGGGUUACAGUACCUGCACAACAAGGGCAUAUUCCACAGAGACCUCACCUCCAAGAACUGUCUGGUUCGCUGUGAUAAUGGUAUGUUCACAGCUGUCGUGGGAGACUUCGGCCUGGCAGAGAAGAUCCCUAACUACAGUGAUGGUGUGGGGAAGCAGCCCCUGGCCAUUGUGGGCUCCCCCUAUUGGAUGGCCCCUGAAGUUUUGAGAGGAGAGCUGUAUGAUGAGAAGGUGGAUGUGUUUGCGUACGGCAUCAUCCUGUGUGAGAUCAUUGCCCGGAUUGAAGCUGAUCCUGACUUCUUACCCAGGACAGAGGACUUUGGUCUGGACGUGGAUGCAUUUGAGAACAUGGUUGGAGAUUGUCCAGCUGCGUUCUUUAGUCUUGCUGUUGCCUGUUGUAAUGUAAGUACACACACACUCACACUGCAUAUUAUACACCAGAUAAUAACUCUGUGUCAUUUGUCUUUGUUUUCAUGUUCUAUUUCACUUUCAUGUCUGUCUCCCUCCUUCCCUUGCUCAGAGCCAGUGGCAGUAGACGUCAGCCCGUACCGGCGCCGCAGCUCUCCUUGUCACCCGGGUGACCACAGCCAGCAACUCCAAGGCCUGGCAAGGAGCCAGUCGGACAUGUUAACCCCGGGCACCCAGACGCCUCUUCUCCUCGGGACACCUGCGCGGGUCAACCCCUUCUCUCUCAGACAGGACCUAAAUGGGGGGCGGUGUAAACUCUUAGACACACCUAGCAAGUCCGUCAUCUCCCUGACAUUUACCCUCCCGGCACUUCGUGACCCUUGCUCCUCCCCCCACCUUCUCCGAGGGAUGCCAGGGAUGCGAGCGCUGCCAAGGAGAUGCCAGUCACUCCCCUGUACUCCAGAGCUCAGCAGAACUGUAGGCUUUCCAAGAGACACGGAGGGGAAGGAGGAGGAAAAUGACGAAGAAGACAAAAGAGUGGCAAUUACAAGAGGGAGGGAGGAUGUGGGGGACCACAUGAGGAAGAGGACAGGGGCACCAGAGGAGGCAGUAGAGCAAAUUGAGAUAACUGACAAGAGAGAGUUGUUACCGGAGCAGGAUAGGUUGGAAGAGGAGUCAUGUCUUUCUGUGGAGUUGGAGAUGAUGUCUCUGGAGCGGGUAGAGGAGGAAGAGGAGAGUGUAUGUCCAACAGAACCCAUGGACUGUACCAAGUCUCCUGAACCAGCAGAGGGAGGCAUUGACUCCUCACCUGGAAGAUCCCUGCUCACCUCCACUUGCUCCUCCUCCUUAAAGACCAAUGGCUGGCGACUCCCCAUCUCCAACGGACCGCUCACAUUGCCUGCUCUGCCACGACUGGACAACAACAACGAGUCAGCCCGUGUGAUUGGUCAGCAGGUGCGGUUGGGUGGAGGACAGCGUGCAAAUGGUUACAGUGGCUCCCAGCUCCAGUCCUCUGACCCUAGCAGCACCUCUGAGCAGGAUGAGGUAAUUUCCUGUCCAGGCUGCUGUCUGGUGAGUCUGAGUUUUCCCUUUGUGUGCCUCCGGGGUUCAGCUGCUGUGCCCGCCCCCCGCCGAAGGGCUUCAUUACCACGGCAACUUUACCAGAACCUCAACGGUACCAUAACCAGUGGCAGCGCUUCCUUGUCAACCACAGCUGCCCCAGCAACCAAAGCUCUACUGUGUCGGAACCCACAUGGACUCGUAGUGCCAUGUGAGCCUGGCCGGUCCCUGCCGGAGGCCCAGACGUAAGCCUGCUGACGGGGGAUGCACCAGCACUAAAUUUUAGCGGACAAACUUACUAACACUAAGGGCACUUUCACACCUGUAGUUUGGUAUACUCGGUACAAUUCGGGGGUGAAGUUGCGCUGUUGUUGCAUUUUUCAUUUGGUUUGGUUUGCGUUCAGACUGCACUGUGUCAAGCGCACCAAACACUGUUAACAAAUGUCACACGGUUGAAACGGUCGCUGGUCUGUUGGACAGAGGUCCCAGCGACUAGGUUUAUUAAAUGGGGGUUCUAGUACCCAUAGAGAUUUUUUUAAAUGUUAAUAAAAUAUCAGUCAUGCAUAAUUCCUAAAUAAUUAAACUAUAAUAAUUUGACCCAUUUUCAAAGUUUCUAAAUCAGUUAUAAUGGCUUUCUUUCAACCAAGUUUCACAAAAAUAGCAUGGAUGGCUCCAAAACGCUUACCGAUGAACACUACUUUCAUGGUUUAUUUCGGUCAAAAUCUGUGAUCAUUCAAGAACAUAUGUUCUAUUUGUAAAAACAAUUAAUUUAAAAUAAUUUCUGCUUAUUUUACGCAAUAAUUUCAUGUAAAUUAGGUUUAUUGGCCUUCAAUUCCAAAAAUAAGUCUAAAACUAGUGGUAAAAAUGUAUAAAGCUGGCUAAGAAGAUGUAACACAGAAUUGAGUGAUAAUUUAUAGGCUAAUUCAGGCUUUAUAAACAGACAAACCAAAACGGAGGACAAGUGGAUGGGCCUCGACGGGAAGACAAUACAAGGGUUCAGGAUUUAGCAUUUGAAAUGUAGUGUUUUUCAGUUACAAGGUUGUUGUUGUUUGAUAAAUGAAACACUGAUGGCUCAGCACUAUAAUGUAACUCUUUACUUAGGCAUUUUUCUACCAAAAUGGUUUGCACUGGUUAAGGCUAAACAAGAUAUUUCCAAGGGGGAGUACAUUAUUAUUAUUAUUUUUUUUUUUUAAAUAUUAUUUUUUGGGCAUUUUAGGCCUUUAAUUUGACAGGACAGUUGAAGAUAUGAAAGGGGAGAGAGAGGGGGAGUGACAUGCAGCAAAGGGCCGCAGGCUGGAUUCGAACCCGGGCCGGCUGCGUCGAGGAGUAAACCUCUAUACAUGGGCACCCGCUCUACCAACUGAGCUAUCUGGGUGCCCGGGGGGGGAGUACAUUAUUGACAAAAGUUUGAGAACCACUGUUUUAAAAGAAGGCAAACAAUAUGAGCAGCUGAUAGACACAGAGAGAAGGAGACGACGAGGUGUUUUCCUCCAGACAAUGAACAAUAUGUGGUAAUAAUAACUUAAGUUAUAGAUUUUAAAUUUGUUGUCCCAUAAACCAUCUAUAACUCCAUGAAUUGUGUGCAAAGUUGAAAUUACCGGCUAGUUUGUGCACUAUUUUUGGUUUACAUCCUAUGUUUGGGUCUGAUAUGAUUCAACCAGUUAAAGUGAAAUGAACUCUGGUCCACUUGAAGGAGGUCUCGGUUCCCUUCCAAGUGCACUAAAGUUUUGGUCGGCACCAAAGUUUCAACAACCUUUCACACCGACCCAAACAAACCGGAUUAACUAUCAAAACGCUCCAAGGUUCACUAAAAACGGACCAAACAGCUGAGGCGUGAAGUCACCCUAAAUGGUCCUCCAUAAAUACUGAGAACCCAAUACUGAGCCCAGUAUCUGUGUGUCUUAAGUCUGGGUAGUCACAGCAAACAGUAGUAGGUUGGUGGUUAAAGUGCCAAUAGAUGCAGGGUCAAAUGCAAAACAUUCUUGGAAAUUACACC